UGUUCGUCUCCCGGCGGCGUCUUCCUCUUUACUCCGUCCACCACCCUCCUCUCCUUCCUCGGCCAUCUACUCGACCUCCACUCUCACCUCAGCCGCUCAGCGCUUCCACCGCAUCAGCAGCGGCGUUCCGCGCGGCGCCAAAACACACAAAAAUCCCACGCUGAGCUGCCCGAUCGCCAUGCGCGCGGCGGCUUCCCCUUGGCGUUUGUAGAUGGGCUCCUCCUCCCUCCUCCUCUUCCCCUCGUCCUCCUCCGCCGCGCCACCCACGGCCUCCCCUCACCCUGCUUAUUCUCAUGCCACCUCCUCCCACUCCUUAUUGCCGCCGCUCCCCUCCUCCCAAGACCACCUCCUCCUCCAGUACCUCCACCACCUAGACCAGCACCAAGAAUCCGCCGCCAUGGUCCGCAAGCGCCCGGCGCCCGACAUGGACCUCCCGCCGCCGCGCCGCCACGUCACGGGUGACCUCUCCGACGUCACCGCCGCCGCUGGCGGUGGGCAGCCGCAUCAGUCGGCCGCUAGCGCGCAGCUGCCCGCGCUGCCCACCCAGCUCCAGCUCCCCGCGUUCCAGCAGCAGCAGCACCACGGGCACGCGGAGGUGGACGUCCCCCACGCGCCCCCGCCUGCGGCGGCCGAGGUGGCGGCGUCCACCACGGCGUGGGUGGACGGCAUCAUCCGCGACAUCAUCGGCAGCAGCGGCGGCGCCGGGGUCUCCAUCACGCAGCUCAUCCACAACGUCCGCGAGAUCAUCCACCCCUGCAACCCCGGCCUAGCCUCGCUCCUCGAGCUCCGCCUCCGCUCCCUCCUCAACGCCGACCCCGCCCUGCCGCCGCUCCCGCAUCCUGCUGCUCUCCUGCACAACACCCCGCCCGCCGCCGCCCCAACAGUGCCCGCUCUCCCUCCUCCCCCGCUUCCAGACAAGCGCCGCCACGAGCCGCAGCCGUGCCAGCAGGAGGAGCCGAAUCCGUCCCCGCAGUCGCCCAAGCCCCCGACGGCGGAGGAGACCGCCGCCGCCGCCGCCGCCGCCGCCGCGGCUGCUGCAGCCGCGAAGGAGCGGAAGGAAGAGCAGCGGCGGAAGCAGCGCGACGAGGAGGGCCUCCACCUGCUGACGCUGCUGCUGCAGUGCGCCGAGUCGGUGAACGCGGACAACCUCGACGACGCGCACCAGACGCUGCUGGAGAUCGCCGAGCUCGCCACGCCCUUCGGCACCUCCACGCAGCGCGUCGCCGCCUACUUCGCGGAGGCCAUGUCCGCGCGCCUCGUCAGCUCCUGCCUCGGCCUGUACGCACCGCUGCCGCCGGCGUCCCCCGCCGCAGCGCGCCUGCACGGCCGCGUCGCCGCCGCGUUCCAGGUGUUCAACGGCAUCAGCCCUUUCGUCAAGUUCUCGCACUUCACGGCGAACCAGGCCAUCCAGGAGGCGUUCGAGCGGGAGGAGCGCGUCCACAUCAUCGACCUCGACAUCAUGCAGGGGCUCCAGUGGCCGGGCCUCUUCCACAUCCUCGCCUCCCGCCCCGGCGGCCCGCCCAGGGUCAGGCUCACCGGGCUCGGCGCGUCCAUGGAGGCGCUCGAGGCCACGGGGAAGCGCCUCUCCGACUUCGCCGACACGCUGGGCCUGCCAUUCGAGUUCUACGCCGUGGCGGAGAAGGCCGGCAAUGUUGACCCGGAGAAGCUGGGCGUCACGCGGCGCGAGGCCGUCGCCGUCCACUGGCUACACCACUCGCUCUACGACGUCACCGGCUCCGACUCCAACACGCUCUGGCUCAUCCAAAGGCUGGCCCCCAAGGUGGUGACAAUGGUGGAGCAGGACCUCAGCCACUCAGGCUCCUUCCUGGCGCGCUUCGUGGAGGCCAUCCACUACUACUCGGCGCUGUUCGACUCGCUGGACGCGAGCUACGGCGAGGACAGCCCGGAGCGGCACGUCGUGGAGCAGCAGCUCCUAUCGAGGGAGAUCCGCAACGUGCUCGCCGUGGGCGGGCCGGCGCGCACCGGCGACGUCAAGUUCGGGAGCUGGCGCGAGAAGCUCGCGCAGUCGGGGUUCCGCUCGGCAUCGCUCGCCGGCAGCGCGGCGGCGCAGGCGUCGCUGCUGCUUGGCAUGUUCCCCUCCGACGGGUACACGCUCGUCGAAGAGAAUGGUGCUCUGAAGCUCGGGUGGAAGGAUCUUUGCCUGCUCACUGCAUCUGCUUGGCGCCCAAUUCAGACCCCAUGCCGUUAAAUUUGAGAGCAAAUUUACAGAGCUAAAGCAUUACUGUUACUACUAGAUCUUACUUGGGGUUCUUGCCGAGAUCUUUUGCCUGUUUAGCUAGCUGCUCAAUUUAAUCAGUUCCGAGAUUAGGAAAAUGAAAACAUUUCUGAUCACUAAUUGCUAGAUCUCGUCACAGUGAUAGUUACUGAUGCAAGCUUAGUUUCGUGGUAGAUUUUGUUCACCUGUCGAUCGGUUAUCUUCACCAAUCUUGCCAAUUAGCCCUAGUUUUCAUCUUCGUUUGCUAAUUAAUCCCUGUUGAUUCAUUAUAUGUGGAGCUAUUGAUCACAAAUUA